AUGAGAGGUGGUACCACGGAAGGGAAGGGAUGUGAGGGAAUCUGGGAGGGGCAUAAGCAAUAUCACAGAGGACCAAAUGGAGCAGAAGUAACAACUUUCUUCUUUUCAAGGUUUCCUGAAAGUUUCAUGGAACAAGACUUAUGGAGGAUAUUCCAGAAAUGGGGGCGAGUAUGGGAAGUGUUCAUUGCAAGGAAAAGGAAUAGAAGCGGUCAAAGGUACGGGUUCGUAAGAUACGUUGGAGUAUUGAACGCGAAAGAUCUGGAGAAAAAACUAGACCAAAUCUGGAUUGGGAAUACAAAGAUGCAUGUGAAUAUACCUAAGUACAAGAGAGGGGAAGGAAAGAAGUUGGAAACAAUGCUAAAGGGAGGGAUAAAAGGUGCGCAGGAGGAGAAACAAAUUGCAAACCAGUACAGUGAACAAAGAUGUCUUACAUACGCACAAGUCACAAGGGGACAACAAGUCAAAAGGGAGGUAGUAUGGAGGAGGAAAGAUAAAGGGGAGUACCAGGAUGAAGAGGAAAGAUGGGAAGGUCAAACAAUACAAGCUGUUGAGACUAACUUGAACAAACUCCAGAAUACAUGGGUGGGGUACUUGAAGGAUCUUACUUUAAUUGACAAUAUUGGCGAAGCAGGUUUUCUGUAUGAUAAUACUGAUCUAAAGCUGAAGUAUUGGGUGGAUGAUAUGGUUCUAAUUUCGGGGUUAGAAGAAGAAACCAUGAAGGAGAGAAUCAGUGACAAAAGUGAUGUACUAAAUGUUAUCUUCAACAAGGUUGUGAAGUGGUCACAGUCAGUUUCGACUGGGAAUAGGAUGGUGUGGGUCCGGUGUUAUGGUGUCCCACUUCAACUAUGGAAUGAGGAAUGUCUUGGCCAGGUAGUAGGUGAACUAGGAACAGUGGUGGGUAUACAUAGAGAUACACUUGAACUGAAUGAGGUAAACUCUGCAAGGGUCCUAAUCAGGACAGGAUCGGCCCGGUUCAUUAAUUCCCAUAAAUUGGUAAAGAUUAAUGGGGAGAGAAGGCAAAUAAGACUGGUAGAGGAGGUGGUUAGCAAACGGACGGGGUGCAACUGCUGGUUCUUACGGAAUAACUUCACCGAUUCAGAGGUGACAUCCAUGUUGAGUGAAGUAGGGCUAUGGUUGCAAUCAUCUGGAUCAGAGUGUUCAACGGAUGGCUACGAGAACGUGUCCCAUGUGGCUGAGUCAGUACAAGCAAUGGUGGAAGAGGAGGUUCAAACGGAAGAGAAGGGUGAAGGACAAAUCGGAGAAGGGAGGGAAAUUUGA